UAGGUUAACAUUCUUUUGGUAGUCUACCACUCUGCUAGCCGUUGGAUCUACGAGAGUCGUUACCAUAUCCACUACUACCUCUAAUCCAGAAACCUUCAUUCCUCAAAAACCCUUUAAACCCUAAUGUAUCAUUCUUUCAUUAGCCACCGGUAGCUGCAGCUGGUAGAGCAGGAAUUUGGAAGUUCUACUAUGUCCAUCAAGCUCUUCCCUCGACUCCAUCUCCUCAACCAUCCUUUUCCUCUUCCCAGUUUUCCCUUGAUGAAACUCCAACCCUCCAUUCGCCAAUCUCGACCAUUUCCCAUUUUCUCUCGCGUCUUCCCCUUCAAGCUCAAGUACGCCUCUAUGGCCUUCUCUUCUCGUUCUUCCCAAGCUUUUCAAGGAGUCCGACGGAGCAGCGCCGUCGGUAGAAACUCCGAGAGAGGAGGGUUUGGUGGCUCUAAGAGUCUUGUUGAGGAUGAGGCUGAACUCAGUGAUUGGGUUAGUGACUUGAAAACCAGCUCGUUUCGUGGACGAAUUACGAGUGAUGAAGACUCGGAUGGAGAUCGUAGGGGGAGUAGAGGAAGGGAUAGGGAUAGGGAUAGAGAUAGAGAGUCUCCGUCGUUGAAGAGGGGGAGCUCGUUUCGUGGACGAAUUACGAGUGAUGAAGACUCGGAUGGAGAUCGUAGGGGGAGUAGAGGAAGGGAUAGGGAUAGAGAUAGAGAGUCUCCGUCGUUGAAGAGGGGGAGGGAUCGACAGUCGUAUGAGUUACGGGAGUCUUCAGAGCGUCGGAGACCUCGAGGCCCUUCAACGGAGUCGUAUCCGACGAGUUCUCGAAAUGUUAGUCGAUUCAAGCGUGAGUACGAGGGUGAGAGAGAAGACUUCCGUUCACGCAGUAAUGACCGUGUUUUUCCUAGAGAGAAUGUGAAUUCUUCGAUUGGAAGGGGACGUGGGAUGAGAGAGAUUAAUUCGAGAAAUCAACAGAUUCGAGGUCGUGAGAGUUUAGGGAGAGGUAGGAGGGAUUCUAAGAAUCAAGCCCGUUUUACAGGUGAAAGUGAAAGCGAGGAGGACAAGGAAGAAGAAGAUGAUGGUGAGAGAAAGAGAAUUAAAACUGGUGUUAGGGAUUUUCUAAGCGAUGAAGAUAGUGCGGACGACGAGGACGAGGAAAAAGAUUUUCUGUUCAGAAAAAGUACUAAUACUUUGUUUCCAUCUGGAGAGAAAGUGAGCGAAAUGGAUCGACCACGUACUUCGCCAGGAGGUUCUGACUCAUAUUUGAGUGAAACUAGAUUCGAUCAGUGUUCAAUAUCACCCUUAUCACUAAAGGGUAUCAAAGAUGCUGGAUAUGAGAAGAUGACUGUUGUACAGGAGGCCACACUUCCUCUAAUACUAAAAGGUAAGGAUGUUCUUGCCAAAGCUAAAACAGGGACUGGAAAAACUGUGGCUUUUUUGCUUCCCUCAAUUGAAGUUGUUGUGAAGUCUCCACCUACUGGUGAUCAGAAGCGGCCUCCAAUUCUUGUUCUUGUUAUAUGCCCAACCCGAGAACUUGCCACACAGGCUGCCAAUGAAGCUAAUACUCUUUUGAAGUACCAUUCUACUAUUGGCGUUCAAGUUGUAAUAGGAGGUACAAGACUUGCCCUCGAACAGAAACGCAUGCAAGCAAACCCUUGCCAGAUUCUUGUUGCAACUCCUGGAAGGCUGAAAGAUCAUAUAGAGAACACUGCAGGUUUUGCAACUAGACUGAUGGGUGUCAAAGUCCUUGUUCUUGACGAAGCUGAUCAUUUAUUAGACAUGGGAUUUCGCAAGGACAUUGAACGGAUUAUUGCUGCAGUUCCGAAACAAAGGCAAACUCUUCUGUUUUCUGCCACUGUUCCGGAUGAGGUCCGCCAAAUCAGUCACAUUGCAUUGAGAAGAGAUCAUGAAUUUGUCAAUACAAUUGAAGAAGGCAGUGAGGACACACAUGCACAGGUGAGACAGAUGCAAAUAGUUGCUCCAUUGGAGAAGCAUUUUAGUCUGCUCUAUGCCAUUCUUAAAGAACAUAUCGCUAAUGACGUUGACUAUAAGGUUCUUGUAUUCUGCACAACUGCUAUGGUCACACGAAUGGUUGCUGACCUUCUUGGUGAGCUGAACUUGAACAUCAGAGAGAUUCAUUCUAGGAAAGCACAGAGUUACAGAACCAAGGUUUCUGACGAGUUCCGAAAGUCGAAAGGCCUCAUCCUUGUAACUUCGGAUGUUUCAGCUCGUGGUGUUGAUUAUCCCGAUGUGACCCUUGUCAUACAGGUUGGCUUACCUGCUGAUAGAGAACAGUACAUUCAUCGACUUGGUAGAACAGGACGUAAAGGCAAAGAAGGGCAAGGCAUAUUGUUGCUAACGCCUUGGGAAGAGUUCUUUUUGUCUACAGUUAAAGACUUGCCAAUAACAAAAGCUCCUAUGCCCCUAAUCGACCCAGAAACAAAGAAAAAGGUGGACCGUGCUCUGGUUCAUGUUGAGAUGAAGAAUAAAGAAGCUGCAUACCAGGCGUGGCUUGGUUACUAUAACUCAAACAAGACGGUUGGAAAGGACAAGUAUAGACUAGUCGAACUUGCCAAUGAGUUCAGUCGAAGCAUGGGACUCGACAAUCCUCCGGCCAUUUCCAAACUAGUACUUGGGAAGAUGGGUCUCAAAAAUAUCCCUGGCUUACGUGUAAAAUAAUUUGAAAGGAAGUUGCAACUUAUAAUAGAGAAGGUAUGAAGGAAACGGUUCUUGUGCCAGAAAGUGAGGUCAAGUGAAGGCAUUUCCUUGAAGAAACAAUUAAAGUAUUUUUAGUAUGAAAAAAGUUCGUGAAUUUUGAGAAGAUUUUGAAGAAGGAAAAAGGAGAAAGAAGCUACAUUGCAGCAAUUAUAGUGAUUGCCAAACCUACAGCACAAGAAGAGAUUGCCAAGAGAUGAUGUCCUGCAUGUAGCAAGAAGGCCAUCUAUAUGAAAUGAGAUUCCACCUUUUCAGCAGUGGAUCGUGCAUUUUGUGAAAGGAGAUAUCAGCAAUGUGUUCAUAUUAGCCUCUUCUCAUGUUUGCCAUAAAAUGUUUCUGUUGAUUAAUUCAAACAUCCUGAUUUUUUGGUAGGGCAAAACAUUUAACAUUUGCAAUGAAAAAAGAUUUCUAUAUGAUAACUUCAGUUUUUUCCCCCUCUAAA